CCGGAUAUUUCAAAAUUAACAUCUCUUUGCUGCUUCCGCGCUUCGAAGCAUGGCGACCGCGGCUGGUUCAAAAAUAUUUCAGAAUAUCCCUGUACCUAUCUUAUUCAUACUUAUUUCCUGCUUGGUUUCCUUCGGAAAAGCAAAUUUCAGACAAUUUGCGGACGAGCCUCUGCAACUAGUUAAACCAGACCUAAACCACAAAAGGCUUGUGUUGGUGAAGGAAAAUAUAAAGGUCGUGUCUAAAAUCGAGGGGCUUGUGGCGACCAUAGCCGUCGUCGGGAAGUUCCACUCCGGCAAGUCUUUCCUCAUGAACCAACUGAUGGGGAAGACCAAGGGAUUCGGAAUAGGCCCCACGGUCCGACCUGAAACGAUGGGCAUCUGGAUGUGGGGACAGCCACUGAAGGUCAGGCUACCCUCAGGGCAGAAUUUAUCUCUAAUCUUCUUGGACACUGAAGGCUUUGCCGCAAACAAUGUCUCUGAAAACUAUGAUGCCAAGAUUUUUGCUGUUGCAACCCUUAUCAGCUCGCACCUGAUCUACAACUCAGUCAAGAUAAUCGACCAAGCUGACAUUGACUACCUGGAGCUGUUGGCCAGACGCACACAGCUCUUUGCCUUGCGGUCACAAUUGUCUCGUGCCAAAUGGAACGACGGUUUCGUCCAUGAUCUGCUCAGCUUUCCGCCACUGCUUUGGGUGGUGCAGGACUUUGUGCAGACAACUCUUGACAAUGAGACACCUACCCAGUGGUUGCACCGGCUCAUGGAAACUCACAGCAGAGAGAGCGAAGACUACAAGAUCAGCCUUCUUGAUAUUUUUAAAUCGCUGGAGUGUCACACUCUCUUUUUGCCUGCCGUCAAGCGCCUUCUUCUGACUGAUUUAUCCGAGGCCAGGGAAGAAGACCUCACAGAAGAGUACAUUGAGGAGAGAGAUGCUCUUUCUAAAAAGCUCCUUGCAACCUUAGUGCCAAAGACAUCAGGAAGACCAAUCACAGGAGCUGAACUCGUCACACUUUUUGAGGUCCUUGUGGAGGCCUCUAAUGAUGGCUCUCUUGCUGAUGUACCAAGCCGUUGGACUUCCUUUGUCGAACGAAUAAUGGAUUCUUCUACCGAAGACUGCACUCACUUCUAUGAGUCUGAGAUGCAAGUCCUUUUUAAGAAAAAUGACAACGGACCUGUCAAAGAAGGUGUCCUUGUGGAGUGGCAUGCUCAAGCAAAGAAGAAAUCAUUCACUCUUCUCACACAGUUGCUGCAUGGGUUGUCAGAUGCCCUCGAGUCGGCAAGCACUCAGCUAGGAAAGAACCUGGAAAGACUUCAUGCCAGGCAGCGUGACUUGAACUCCAAGAAGGUUCGGCUCUUCUGCUCCAACCAGGAACAGAAAUAUCUGGUCAGUAUUGCCUCUCCAGAAUAA